AUGGCUUCGCGUCUUGCUAAGAGUGCCAUGGGCGCCGCCCGGCUGCGGCCGACCAUCGCUGCCCGCGUCCCUGCCGUCUCUAUUCUGACCUCGACCCGCGCGGCCACCACUCCCGCUGAGAGCCCCGAGAAGAAGGCCCAGUCUAUCCUGAACGCCAUCCCCGGUAACUCGCUGGUGUCCAAGACCGCCACUCUAUCCGCCGCCGCCGGUCUGUCCAUCGCCGCCAUCAGCAACGAGCUUUACGUGAUGAACGAGGAGACCGUCGCCGCCUUCUGUCUGCUCUCCGUCUUCACCGCCGUUGCGAAGUAUGGUGGCCCUGCUUACCGCCAGUGGGCUGAGGGUCAGGUCCAGAAGCACAAGGACAUCCUGAACGCUGCCCGUGCCGACCACACCAACGCUGUCCAGCAGCGCAUUGACAACGUCUCCCAGAUGUCUGGUGUUGUCGAGGUCACCAAGCAGCUGUUUGCUGUUUCCAAGGAAACCGCCCAGCUGGAGGCCCAGGCCUUCGAGCUCGAGCAGCGCACCGCUCUGGCUACCGAGGCUAAGCAGGUUCUUGACUCCUGGGUCCGCUACGAGAGCCAGGUCAAGCAGCGCCAGCAGCGUGAGCUUGCCGAGUCCAUCAUUGGCAAGAUCCAGAAGGAGCUUGAGAACCCCAAGGUUCUGCAGCAGAUCCUCCAGCAGAGCGUUGCCGAUGUUGAGCGCAUCAUGGCUGCCAAGGCUAACUAA